AUGUCAAUCCUAAAGCCUGAGCAGGAGGUCAUUUACUACCAAGCAGGGAGGAGUGUUGGAACCACAGUCCUUCAUCAUGACCCACCAGAGACACAGUGCAAACCAGAACGUGCCAUAGAACAAGAGAUACGAGUAACAACUCUUGUUUUUGCCGUUGUCAUGGGCCCAUGGGCCCUAUACUUAUGCUUCACAGCAUCUAAAGCAUUCAGUUAUUUCUUAAACAACAACAGAGAUUUUCAUAGGCAUAAGAAAAGCCAACUAGUUAAAUGUGCCUAUGGAGUUUUGAAUGCUGCUCAUUUGUUUCCUUUUUCCCACCCUGUUUUCUCUCAAAGGUGUCCCAGCAUUAAGGAUGCACUAAAUGUAACAGCCAUCUUAGAAUUCCAACUCCUGGGAUUCUCAGAGGAUCCAGACCAGCAACCAAUCCUCUUUGGACUGUUCCUGUUCAUGUACCUGGUCACUAUUCUUGGGAAUCUGCUCAUCAUCCUGGCGGUCAGCUCUGACUCCCACCUCCACACCCCCAUGUACUUCUUCCUCUCCAACCUGUCCUUGACUGACAUAUUUUUCAUUUCCACCACAGUCCCAAGAAUGAUUGUGAACAUUAUAACUCACAGUAGAGCCAUCUCCUAUGUGGGUUGCCUGACACAGAUGUCCUUUUUUAUCAUUUUUGGAUGUACGGAUGGUAUGCUUCUGACUGUGAUGGCCUAUGACCGUUUUGUGGCCAUCUGUCACCCCCUGCAAUACUUAGUCAUCAUGAAUCCUCGCCUCUGUGGCUUCUUAGUUUUUAUGUCUUUGUUGUUUAGCAUUUUUGUAUCCCAGAUUCACAUUCUGAUUGCAUUAGAGUUUACCAGCUUCACAGAGGUGGAGAUUUCUAAUUUCUUCUGUGACCCUGCUCAAGUUCUGAGUCUUUCCUGUUCUGACAGUUUCUUUGGUCUCAUUAUCAAGUAUUUUAUUGGUGCCAUCUAUGGUUUUUUCCCAGUAUCAGGGAUCCUUUUCUCUUACUAUAAAAUAGUUUCCUCCAUUCUGAGAAUCCCAUCCUUGGGUGGGAAGUACAAGGCCUUCUCUAUUUGUGGGUCUCACCUGAGUGUUGUUUGCUUAUUUUAUGGAACAGGAAUUGGAGUCUACCUUGGUUCAGCUGUGUCAUCCUCCCCCAAGAAAGAUAUGGUUUCUUCAGUGAUGUACAGUGUGGUCACUCCCAUGCUGAACCCCUUCAUCUACAGCCUGAGGAAUGAGGACAUUAAAAGUACUCUUAGGCGGCUCCACAGUAGAACAGUCUAA